UGAAUGCGGAAUUGUUUUAGGUGUUGCAGGGCAUCAACACAUGUGCGUUAAGGAAUACGAAAAUGCUCAUCAAAUAAUCUACCCGAUCUGUCGCUUUCUUCUCUAAAAAGUUAUCGCAGUUAUGAAUUUCUGUUCUUGAUCACACGAUUUAUAAGGAACUCUUGCAAAAUGGGGCGGACGAAGCGGAAUUUUAACAAGAGAGGGAGACAAGUUGUGGACGAUACAGACAUUCGUAAAGCGCACAGCGUCCCGUGUGUUGAACUCGACCUGUCGUCUGUUGACAAACAGUCGCAAGAUACGGAAGGCGGAGACACUCAGUCCGAAUGGAUGCACAGCAAUGCGUUGGUUCUUCCUUCAAAGAAGGAGACGAACAAGAAGAAGAGACAACAAGAGGGAAACUUGCCCAAGAAACUGAGCAAUAAACAACGCAAGAGACUACAAAAGGUUCUGGAAAAGAAAGAAAAGAAAUCAAAGAGAGAAGACAUCUUGGCAUCGCUUGUCAAGCAUCAAGUAUCUCAACAGGAGCAGUCCAUGUUUGCUUCAACUGCACAUCUUGGACAAAAAGUUGCAAAGAGACACUCAGCUGAUAAAGCCCAGGAGAGCAUUUCUGUCAACAGUCUCAAAGGGGUCAACAAGCGGAAAAGAAGAAAACUGGAAGAGAUGGAAGUUGCUAAGGAGAGUGAAUCAGAAUCAAGCGAUGAUGAGUCAGAUGAUGACGAAGAUGAAGACGAUGGAGAAGAAAAUGAACAGCAGGAAAAGAGUGAAGACUUAAAGGAAACAGAGAGAACUGAAGACAAGGAUGUGGAAGUUCCAGCAUCUGAGCCAGUAAUUGGAGGCUCAUCAUCAUCAGAGAUGGGCAAGAAAGAGAAGGAUGCUUUAAAGAAGACAUCCGAGAAGGAGAGGACUGUGAAGACAAUAGCCCCAGAAGACAGGAACCCGGCGGUGUUUGUGCAUGUUGACAGAAAGCCUGAGGUUCAAACCGCUAGACUAGCCCUUCCCAUCCUGGCGGAGGAACAAGUCAUCAUGGAAGCAAUCAACGAUCAUCAAGUCGUCAUCUUGAGUGGAGAGACGGGCAGUGGCAAGACAACUCAAGUGCCGCAGUUUCUGUACGAGGCGGGUUACGCAGAAAAUGGCCUUAUUGGAAUAACAGAGCCUAGAAGAGUUGCAGCAAUCACAAUGUCAGAACGAGUUGCCAUGGAAAUGAAUCUUUCCACAGGUGUGGUAUCGUACAUGAUCCGUUACCAAGGCAACGUGACUGAAGACACCAAGAUCAAAUUCAUGACUGAUGGGGUGUUGCUGAAAGAGAUUCAAAAGGAUUUCUUGUUGACGAGGUAUUCUGUGAUUGUCAUUGAUGAAGCUCAUGAGCGAAGUGUGUACACGGACAUUCUGAUUGGCUUGUUGUCCAGGAUAGUACCCCUCAGAAACAAGAAAGGAAAUAAGAUGAAGUUGAUCAUCAUGUCAGCCACGUUGAGAGUCGAGGACUUUACUGAAAAUCAGCGGCUCUUCAAAAUCACCCCACCGGUCAUCAAGGUUGAAUCCAGACAGUUUCCAGUAACUGUCCACUUCAACAAGCGAACACCGCUGGAAAACUACAUGGCAGAGGCAGAAAGAAAGGUGUUGAAGAUCCACCGCACAUUACCACCAGGUGGCAUCCUAGUCUUUGUGACAGGUCAAAAUGAGGUCAGCUCCUUGUGUCGGAAGCUGAGAGCAAGGAACAAGAAGAUAAAAGACAAGGCCGCAAAUACACAAGGACUGAAGACAUCUGGGAAGAGGAAGGAGCUAGGAGGGGGCGUGUCUGAUGAGGAAACGGAGGCGGAGAAGCUUAAAGAAGAUGAGGAAUCCGAGAAGGGUUUCCGGAAACAGAAACUGCCCAAGAUCAGUCUGGAUAAUUACUCAGUUCAGCCGUAUGAAGAGGAAGAAGUCGACGAACAAAAAGAUGAUGAUGACAACCAAUCAGAGUCAGAGUUUCAAGUUGCAGACCCUGAAUCCGAUGAUGAAACGUUACCAGAGGAAGAUCUAGCCGUGGAUGAUGUUCCCCUAUACGUCUUGCCCAUGUACUCGCUCCUAGCACCUCAUCAACAGGCUAAGGUCUUCAAGGCUCCACCGGGGGAUGCGCGCCUCUGCGUCGUGGCUACAAACGUUGCCGAGACCUCACUGACAAUCCCAGGCAUCAAGUAUGUAGUCGACACUGGAAGGGUCAAGAAGAGGUACUACGACAAAGUGACAGGUGUGUCGUCAUUCAAGAUCACCUGGACAUCCAAAGCAUCAGCCAAUCAGAGAGCUGGACGAGCAGGAAGGACCGAGCCCGGACAUUGCUACAGGUCAGUGUUUUAUGCGUUAUGUGCUUGUCCCAGAGGGCCAGCGUAG